UAGGAUAUAACGUACACUACCUAGUGCAAUUCACUCAAGAACCCAAAAUGGUUUGUGUACGCACAGGUCGAAAACACCGUAUUGAAGUGGGAUUCCGCGAAAACUCUAAAUAUUACCUUGAUUCCUGCAUCUCAUCAUGCUGGGGUUACGAGGAUCGUCACACACCCAGAGCUGACCCUGCCUUAAACGAGGUGAUGUGGCUUGGCUUGUCAUUUGAAACUGGCAACCAAUUUAAGGGCUACGUGAACGGACAAGAGUUUGGUACAUAUACCAACACGGACUGGAGUGGAGUAGAUUCCCAUAUAUUCUUUCAUAGAAAAGACUACAACACUGCGAAUAUACUGCAGGUAGCACUUUUUGAAAAUGACGCUUCAACAAUUUUCUCGAACACUCUGUGGGAUGACUGCGACGCUUAUCAGCUCUACUGUGGAGCGGUUGUGCGAAUAUAUUGCAGAUAUGCAAACAAGAAUUCUUCGUAUGCAGGGUUGAGUUUUGGCAUCGGGAACGUAAGCGGCGCUAAAAAAAUAGUGAACUUCCCGUUGCUCACUGAUACUAAAGAAUUGUACACAUUGGAAAUUUUUGUUGGAGAACGUAACUAUAAUAUAAUUUCAAAAUCUUCAUCACAGCUCAUCGUUGACUCGUCCCUUAACAACAGCCUAAAUAGGACGUACCUGGACUUCAAAUCUCAUAACAUUGUCUUAGACAACGUUGUCAUGGAAACCAGCGGAGCUCCAUGGAAGUAGCGCAUUCAUCGCUUUCAUCAGCAGCCCUCACUCGCUUGUUUUAACAAAUUUACAGUUUUGAGUGUUUAAACUACCCUCAAUCUGAAUACAAUAUUGAAAAAAUAAACGACACUCACUUUGCGGGCGCACAAAGCUCUCGUUCUCCGCAGCCGCCAAUUCGAUGGUGUGGUCCUUCAGGUGCAGCCCAUCAAUUUUUGCAGGAGAAAUCGCAGGCAUUAGAUUAGCUGUAGUUGUACUAUGUACUGUUUUUUAAAUGAGCUCAAUAAAUGACGUUCUUCAU